AGUACUAGUUGCAAAGCGGAAAGAAAAUGGCGGCCGUGGCUGCGGAGCCAGGAGCUGCUGCUGCGGCAUCAACAACAGCGGGGGACGGGCUGGAAUAUGAGCCCGAACCAGGAGAGCAUGUGGCCGACCUAGAGGCCCACACAACCCAGGACUUCGCCCCGGAAAUCGAGCUUUGUCACCAACCCACGGAUGUGGAUGCAGUUCAGGAAUGCAGCCAGGUCCAAAUGGAAAUCAGAAGGCCGGACCUUCAAGCCGCGCGAAAAGCCCUCGCUGCCCAUGCGGACGGUGAACGCACCGAAACGGUGGGUUCCUGGGUGUGCGUGGAUGCAACCGAACAGCCCGCGCUUACUGACUACAGAUAUACAAGCGUUUCUGAGUACGGGGAGCUCUUGAAAGAGCCCUUCUCGCCCAAGGUAGAGGCUGUAAACGAGGUCAGUCCUUACGAAAGCAGCCCCUGCCUUCUCCCCGACUCUCAGCCCUCCGUGGUCUUCUUGCAUUCCCUGCCCGUUCAUCCGUCGGAACCUGAGCCGGGAUUGACCCUUGCCGAGCCGGCCGAACCGACUGUCGAAUAUGACUCGAAUCCCGAAUUAACACAUCCUACUGACUUAGAGUGUGAACUGAUAGGCUUCACGCAGCCGGACCUGGAGCCCGAACCUGCAAAUGAUGCCCCAGGAUCCGAACUCAAAGCUCACGAGGAUGCCUUCCACGACAUGCCUCACCCGUCAGAUCAUCUGGACUCUCUGUCCAACGCAGAGGAAACCUCGCUGGGAGAAUCGGUGGGACAGAGCUGCAUUAGUGACUUUUCUACUGUCUCCAGUAAGGACUCAACUGAACUCCCAGUAGCGGUGGAUCAGUUGCUCAGCUCAUCUUCAGAACCGGAGGACGUGCACUCGCAUCCUCCUCUUCAGCAAACGGACCUCCGUGAACUCGAGAGGACUGAUGAGUCAGAGACGAAACCCCCGGCUCUGUGUCCUGAACCGAACACGGUUGACCGUCUGGUGCUCGGGUCAGAGGUUCGAGUCUCACUGGAUCACAUCAUCGAUGAUGCGCUUGUGGUGUCGUUUCGCUUGGGCGAGAAGAUCUUCUCCGGGGUGCUCAUGGAUCUUUCUAAAAGGUUUGGACCUUAUGGAAUUCCUAUAACUAUGUUCCCCAAGAGAGAGUACAAGGACAAACCAGAAUCUAUGCAGCUAAAGAUGGAAGCAUUCCAGUCGGAGACAGAUAAGGGUGUCGCUCAAGGACCUACUGAUGCCCCAGUUAAGGACCCAACUAAUGCUCUUGAUGCCCCUCGGAAGGACCCUGCUGAAGCUCCUGCAGUGCCCCAGUCCUGUCCCAAACCUCAAUCCCACCCAUGGACCUCAAAACCACCUCCCUUGUUUCAAGAGGGGGCCCCUUAUCCACCUCCGUUGUUCAUCAGGGACACCUACAACCAGUCGUUACCUCAGCCUCCACCCCGCAAAAUCAAGCGGCCCAAGCGAAGGCUGUACAGAGAGGAGCCCACUUCUAUAAUGAAUGCCAUCAAGCUCCGACCAAGACAAGUUCUGUGUGAUAAAUGUAAAGGGGCUGUGGUGCAAGGGGACAAGCGUGAGACACGCAGAGCCCCCAUCUCGGACUUCAGGAGUGAUGAUCCUAAAAGACGGCGCAAUGACAAUACAACGGGAGCCGCUUGUAAGCGGCCCCGUAGUGACCUGCGCUCUGAUGAGAAGAGCCGUGGUACUGAUGGGCCUAAGCGGCAGUCCUCCAAUCUUGGCCACAGUCAGGUCAAAGGUGCAGUUGCAGGGAACAAAAUGGUGAAGGGAGUGUCCAAUACAACAUCCUCCUCGGCCAAUACCCGAGUGCAGCUCAAUGCCAAAAAAGUGCUUCAGAGCAAAAAUGUUGACCACUCCAAAGCACAAGAGGUGCUAAAGAUGGCCAAGGAUCAGAGAAAACAAAGAGAGACAGUCACUGGGAGCAGUGGGAAUUCCAAGGCCAUGACCAGGUCAGCUGCUCUCCAGGAAGCCCACCAGAAGGUCCACUUUACCAGACGUCUACAGCAGAUCAGUGGAGGAGGUCCAGGUUCCAAUCCCCUGCCACCCAGGAUGCGCAUCAAGCCCCAAAGGUAUCGUAACGAAGAGAACGAUUCUUCUUCAUGUAAGCCUCCUUGCUUGGAGAAAGUGCCGGGAGGGGGCCGUUUAGUGCUGCCUAAACCAGCUGCGUCCCACUGCACCUCCACACGCUCCUCCUCCUCCUCCUCCUCCUGCUCUGCAAGCCAAGCCGCCACCGCUGUAGAGCCCCAGGGGCCAGACAGAGUGCUUGAGUCCCUGCUGAGCCAGUCCCAACCUGAGUCUCAACCGCAACCCCUCCCAGCCCCAGAAAACAGGGAAUCCCAGGCUGAGCCAGAGGAACAGGAGGGGCGGGAGGAAAAGCGGGAGACGCGUGGGAGCAAGGCUGGCAACCUAGUGGUCUACAUGACCCUUAACUCAAGCCAGCCUGACUCCUCUAGUACCUCCAUCUGCAGUAUCGAUAGUGCAGAUGACUUAAAAUCUUCAAACUCUGAGUGUAGCUCUACCGAAACAUUUGAAUUCCCCCCUCCCGGUGAUUUGCGAUCGGCCCCUGUCCCUGGCACAUCCUCCUCUUUUGCCUCUGCCUCUCCCUCUGCUCCUAAGGAUGACAAAAAGCGCAAUAAAUCCCUCAAAGCUACAGUCUUUUCCAAAAAUGUCUCAAAGUGCAUUGCCUUGGAUGGCAGGACAAUUUGUGUAGGGGACAUUGUUUGGGCCAAAAUACUUGGCUUCCCCUGGUGGCCUGCCCGCAUCCUAGCCAUCACUGUGAGUCGCAAAGAUAAUGGGCUUUUAGUCAGGCAGGAGGUCCGAGUCUCCUGGUUUGGGUCACCCACUACUUCCUUUCUGGCAAUUAGUCAACUUGCCCCCUUCCUUGAAAGCUUCCAGUCUCGCUUUGACAAGAAGAGAAAGGGCCUGUAUCGUAAAGCCAUCACAGAAGCCGCCAAGGCUGCCAAGCAGCUCACUCCCGAGGUUCGCGCCUUGCUAACUCAGUUUGAGACGUGAGGUGAUGGUCCUGGUAAGGUAGGCAAAACAGGCGACUUGGCCCCGUACCCCUUCUGAAACCUCUCAAACUUUGCUGUACUCAGUCAGCUUUCAGAGUUAAACCCAGAAAGCUUAAGUCAGGCAACCAGGACUAAUUUAAUUUUAUUGAAAAGGCAAAAGAAGGGGAUAGAAUUGAUUAUCUGAAAAGGAAACGGUUGUCAUGUUGAGUAUCGGACGUUUGCCCCUAUGUACCAUCCUUUUGAUCAUGGCAUGUCAUCUUACAAUUAUUAUACUGAAACCCGAUAACAUAAUUUAGAAAAAAGUUUUAUGGGUUUAUAAGUACCCUUGCUUUAAGAUUGCUUUGAAAUUGUUGUCCAGCUAUGUAGUAUCAGAAUCUGAAAGUUCCUACAAGGGGGUAGAGUGAACACAGGAGAAUGUUUUUAUCUAACUUAACACCGUUAAUUCUGCCAUUAGGAGGAUAAGAGAAAGUGUUAUAGGUUCACAGUGUCAGAUCAUCCCUGCUGCAUUUGUUCAGUGUUCUAUAGAAUGUGGAGCCUCGGUCUAAUCUCCCUAAAAUUAUAUGACCUACAUUUUGUUUCUUUUAACAUGGAAGUUAGUGUAAAUGUAAAAGAUGGCCCUAUUGGGUACAGUGUCUCGCUCAGGUAGAAAAAAUGGCUUAAUUGGUGCUGAUCUUUCUCAUAUGUUCUGAGACAACUAAUCCAAGUCCAGUGAUCUGAGCAGACGGCUGUUGAUCAGGGUGUGGCUCUUGGCCAGCCGUGGCUUUGCAGGCGGUUGAGCUGGUGUUAUAUGGGAGGAGCCUUUAGACCGAAGUCACCUCAAGUGCCACUGUGAGGAGAGCACAGGGAAUCUGUAAACACAGAGUACAACCUCAUACACGGAGAAACCUGCCAGCCUGUGAAAAUGUUCCUGUUGUUCAGCCAACCCACCAGCCUCCCCUGACUUGGUUUUUGCAUGGAUUUGGGAGUGCAUAUGUGUUUUAAAUGAGCAUUUAUUUGAUGGCACCAUAUGUUUAUCCAAUUUAGGCUUAUCACAUCAAGAAACAAUUAUUUAUGUAGCUGCAGUGGAAUUCUGAAAUCGUAUAUUAUGAGUUCAAAUAAAUUAAUAAAUGAAAACAUUUGUCGGCUGUGGUGUCCCGCUGCAAAAGUGGGACGUUGGAGCACAAGGCAGCAGUUGUGAAUGAGUUAUGUGUGAAUAUGUUCAUCAUAAUUAUCAGUCAAGCCUUUGGCCGGUUUAGUUGUUCAGUGAUUAUACUGUUUCCAGUAUUCAUUGUCUCUCAGCUAAAAUGUUUUUCUAAGGAUUGUGUUUUAAAUUUAUUUGUUGUGCCUGAACUUUAUUUUCUGUUAUUUCAUUAUUUGCAUAAUGGGGUCGGAGGUCUGGAGGACACAUUUGUAUGUUAAGUUUUAAAAAAUGUAUGUUGCCUGGUUAAUUGGAAGAACUUUUCUGAAUCUUAUUUCAAUGCUGAGAACAAAUAAUUUUAUUAGUGUGGUUGAGCAUUCUUUUUUUUUUUUGUUCUUAUCUGUAAAGAUGGUUAUGUCCUUGCAUUGCAUAUCCAUUAGCAUCUUCAACUGUUCAGUUAUAUGUACACACCCGAGAAGGGACAAACUGUAAUAUAGCCUAGUCUUUCCACAUAUUACUUAGCAGGUAGAGAUAAUGGCUUGAGGAAGAAGAAAAAAAAAAAUGCUUGGUAGACCACACUGACUGAUGGAGGAGUAAAAUGGUAUUUAAUUUGGUGGUUGACUUUGCUUUAUUUCAGCAUCUUAUUUUUUACUGUUAUUAUUUCUAUCUGUUUGCAGGUCAGAGAAUGCUGUAAAACCAUUGAAAAAAAGUAACAGUUGAAGAUAUUGUGUACAUGUUUUCUGAUGUUUUAAGAGUAUAUAAAUAAACUGUGAACUUCAAGAA